AGAGCAAUUUUCUCACCAAAAGACCUCCUCUCUUUUUUUUUAUAACCAAACCUCUCUUCUCUUAUGUCAAAAGAUUAUGUGUAACUAAUAAACAAAAAAUAUUAAUCUCUUUCUUAAUCCCAGGAAGAAUAUAGAAACAAUGUCUAAAUUAUCGUUUAAUAAUCUCAUCUUCUUGAUCAUCAUUUUCUUCGUCUUCUUGUGUUUGUGUCUGAGAUCAUCAGCGUUCACGAAUCUCAAUACCUUAAGCUUCGAAGAAUCACUUUCUCCUUUAUUCGGUGACGCUAAUCUCGUCCGGUCUCCUGAUGAUCUCUCCGUUCGCCUCCUCCUCGAUCGAUACACUGGUUCUGGUUUCAUAUCAUCGAACAUGUAUCAACAUGGAUUUUACAGCUCUAUGAUCAAGCUUCCCGCCGAUUAUACUGCCGGCGUCGUCGUAGCCUUUUAUACAUCAAACGGAGACGUGUUCCAGAAAACACAUGACGAGUUAGACAUAGAGUUUUUAGGGAACAUAAAAGGAAAACCAUGGAGGUUUCAGACAAAUCUGUACGGUAAUGGAAGCACGCCUAGAGGUCGUGAAGAAAGAUACCGUCUCUGGUUCGAUCCUUCUAAAGAGUUUCAUCGUUACAGCAUCCUCUGGACUCCUCACAAGAUCAUAUUUUGGGUAGAUGAUGUGCCGAUAAGAGAAGUAAUAAGAAGUGAAGCAAUGGGAGCCGAUUAUCCAGCGAAGCCAAUGGCUCUUUACGCCACCAUCUGGGACGCCUCCGAUUGGGCAACCUCUGGCGGAAAAUACAAAGCUAAUUACAAAUUUGCUCCUUUCGUCGCAGAAUUCAAAUCUUUCUCCCUUGAUGGUUGCUCCGUUGAUCCCAUCCAAGAAGUUCCUGUUGAUUGCUCUGACUCUGUUGAGUUCCUUGAGUCGCAAGAUUACUCCUCUAUCAAUUCACAUCAACGUGCCGCCAUGAGAAGAUUCCGACAACGUUUUAUGUAUUAUUCUUAUUGCUAUGAUACAAUUAGGUAUCCGAAGCCACCACCAGAGUGUGUGAUUGUUCCGGCAGAGAAAGAUAGGUUUAGGGAUACAGGGAGGUUGAAAUUUGGUGGUACAGAAGCUCGCGAACGGCGGAGGAAUCGCGGACAACAAAGGCCAGAGAUUGAAAGUGAUCCUGAUGAGAGAAAGCUUUUAUAAUAAGAUUUAUGUUGUUGUUUUUACUUAAAAUUCAUUUGUGAGUAAAGAUGAAAAAAAUAAAAGAGUGAAGAUAUAAAAGAAGGAAAAAGAAAAUAUGGCAGAGUUAGAUGUAUAAUGUAAAUUAUAAAACAUAUCAAAAUGUAAUAUCUAAGAUUAAAA